GAGGAGGAGAGCGUCGCAGGCGACACAUCAUCAGACCUACUGCCAGCGAUGGAUUUAAGUUUGCUUCAGUUCCUGGAGAGAGAGAAAGUCCUGGAGGUGCUUCGGAGGGACAAGCAGCUGCGGAUCAUCGAGGAGGACAGGAUCAGAAGGAUGAAAUAUGAGCUGCAGGAGCUCCGGAGGAGGGGGGCCAAGAGUUUCACCCGACAGUACGGCGAGCGGACCUGCGCCCGCUGCCAGAGGCCUCUGGGAAAGUUCUGGAACUCGGGUUCGAUCUGCCGCGGCUGCAGCCACCGCAUCUGCACCAAGUGCCGCGUGGGAGCGACGGACUGGAAGUGCACGGUGUGCCACGCCUACAGGGAUGUGAAGGUCCGGUCAGGAGAGUGGUUUCUAUUGGAAAAGGCAAAGAAAUUUCCAGCCACUGGAGAUAAAUACGAGACGGUCGGAGAGAAGCUGUUAAAGACUUACGGCGUGCUGAGUCAUAUAUCUAUCGUGCCUCCAACUCCUCCACCAUACUUGGAUUAUCAGUUUCUGAGCAGAUCUGGGGAUUCUAAAAACUCCAGGCCUUUCACCAGUUCAGUGGAGGAUCUGAUGGCUUCCUUCACAAGUCACAUAAAAAAGAUUUCCACCUCUCAGAGCGACGUGAGGACCGACCAGCUGAAGGUUGACAGCAGCCGCCGGGGCUCUUGCUUCAAGACCCAGAAGAGUCUGUCGGAAAGCGACAUCAGCAAAGCCAUUCAUCUCUUUAAAGUCCCGAGUCUUCCAAACCUGUUCAAGAAAAACAAAGACAGCGAUCAGGAGGGCUCGUCCACCGGGGCAGAAGAAGACACCUUCUUCGGUUCUGACUACUCUGGUGGAAAGAGAGGGAGCAACAGCAGCAUCGGCACAGAGUGCGGCCUGUUCGAGAGCGUCGCCGUCAGCGGGGAGCUGGAGCUGGCUCUGGCCUACAGCACCCACACUUCCUGUCUGGAGAUCACGGUGGGCGCCUGCAGGAACCUGACGUACGGGGACAGCAAGAAGAAGAAGUGUCACCCGUUUGUCAAACUCCACGUGCUGCCGGAUAAAAGCCCCAAACUGAAGACAUCAGUGAAGAGGAACACAACAGAUCCGGUUUAUAACGAAGUUUUAAAGUUCGACAUCGAGCGCCAUCUGCUGGUUGGGAAGAGGCUGCAGGCCUCCGUGUGGCAUUUAGGCAAACUGAGAAGGAAAACGUUCCUGGGCGAGGUUCUGCUCCCGCUGGACGGCUGGACAGUCGAUGACAAGUUCUCCCAGGGCUUCAACUGGUACCCGCUGUGCCCCAAGGUUGAAAGUCUGGAGGGACUGAUUGUGGAUUAGGACUGCUGAGCAAAGUUCUUCAUUCCAGCUCAUUUCAAAAUGCACAUAAAGAAGUCUGAUUGAUCACUGAGUAGUAAUUUAAUGUUAAUUUAUAGAUGCUUCAAUACUUUGCUAUUAUUUUUAAUCCAUGAAUCCUUUUCUAAUCCGAACACACUCUUGUAUUGUUGUGUGUUGCUAUACACACAGAUGAACACUACACCAUGCAAGACUGGACCUUGGUUUGUUUUAUUUCUUUGUGUUUUAUAUUUGAGUUUGACUUAUUCUGUGAAUAUUAAAUAACUGAACUGAGAAAAACAACUCUGCAAUAUGUUCACCUGUUAUUUAUUCUAAUAAAUUGCAAAUAAACCU